AAACAAUUCAUUUAAUAUUCCAAACGAAAAUUUUACGUGAAGGAGUGGUCGAGACAAUUUCAAACAAAAUUCACAUCAAACUUUGGGCUACAAAAUGGUUCAGACACGCGUCGCUGUUAUCGGUGCUGGCGCUGCAGGUCUGGCAAUGUGUCGAUAUUUGGUAAAUGAACCACAAAUUCACUUUGUUGCAUUUGAAAAAGCAUGCGACAUUGGCGGAGUUUGGCGUUAUACAAAGGACAGUGGACACGCUGUUAGUGAACAUAAUAGUACAGCAAUGUACAAAAACCUUAGGUAUUGUUGAUGUAAAUAACGUAUUUUAAUCAAAUAAGUGGGAAUAAUUGGAGCAGAAAUAAAUUUGAGAAUAUAAUGUACAGAAAAAUUUUAUUGCCCCCCCCCCCCCAACAAUUUUGGGAAAAGUAAUAUUAGUUAGUGGUCGAGAUGACUUGGCAAAAUGUUCAGCAAAACUUGGUCAAAAUAUCGGGAGACAAAAACACACAUACCUUGCAACGUCCCUGCACACAGACGUCUGACUAAGCAAAAAAAACCUAACUGCUGCCAUGCCUGUAAGAAGGUUGUUGUACUUGUACUCAAAUCUAAAGCUCUCUGAUGUUAUCCAGAUGGUAACCAGACUAUCUGUGAUAAUUUCUCUUCAUAACUGUCCAACACAUCCUACAUUGUUAUUUUACCCUUUCUUACACAAAAUAGAUUAAUCAGUAUGUCUGAUUUCUUGCAGGACAAAUUUACCCAAAGAGGUGAUGGCAUACCCAGAUCUACCAUUUCCACAGGACCUACCAUCUUUUAUAACAAAUGCAGACGUCCAAAAAUAUUUAGAAACCUACACAGAACACUUCAAUUUCAAGAAAUAUAUUAAAUUUAACCACCAAGUUCUGUCCAUUAAACCAGGAAAUAAAGAGAAAGAAGUGUGGGAUGUUGUUGUGAAGGAUUUAACUAAUGAAACAACUCAUAAAAUUGUUUUUGAUGCCAUUGUUGUAUGCAAUGGGUAGGUUAUUGCACAAAUAGAAUUUACUGUUUAUUGCAUGUAUGCCACAAUGGCUUUGUUUCCAUAUGUUUGCUAUUUUAUCAUGGCUGGCACACAUGAAGGUCCAUGAAGAUAAUAUCCUCUUAUUUAAAAUAUAAAACAAUGGUAACUCGAAAAUAAACAUUUUAAUUUUAAACGUUCAAUUAAAAAAAUACUUAAAAAAAAUUUAAAUUAAUUAAUUUUAAAAUGUUUAUUUUCAGAGUUACCAUUGCUUUAUAUUUUAUUAAAAUACUCAGUGGUUCCCGUAAUCCUCGUAUUUCCGAUAUGAAUAAGUUUCUCUUUGAUCUUGAGUCCAAAAACACAGGCCCAUGCACCCUUCAUAAUCUAUAUCUUUGUCUCCAAAUACAAGACUACUACAGUACUAGAUAUUAUGAAAAUAAUUAACAUCAUUUUCUCACUCAUGCAGAUAACUGAGGCCCUGUUAGAGUGGAUAUAUACAUGUCCCUCAUCUGAUAUUCAAAACGUAAUGUCCCUGUUUGAUAACAUUGCUAUGUCACAAUUUAGACAGACUUUUUUGUUUGCAAAAUUGCUAUUUCAUUUUCUAUAUGUCACCAUUUCAAGGCAAUGUCACCAGUCAGAAUUUACCCUAACAGGACCUCGUAUAACUAAAGGUUGACCACCAUCUGUUUCACAAUUGUGCUAAGUGAUAGGUUUUCAACUGUAGGAUACUAGGAUGUGCAGUUAAGAAAUAUCUUAAGCUAAUCUUUCAUGUUUACAGUCAUUAUUCAGUUCCACGGUUUCCAGAAAUUCCUGGAUUUGACUCAUUUCCUGGAAAGGUUAUCCACAGUGUUAACUACGACAAACCAGAAGACUACCAAAAUCAAGAUGUGGUUGUGUUGGGUGCAGGUUCUUCUGGAUUGGAUAUCGCCAUGGAACUUUCCAACUUUUCCAAGAAAGUGUUCCUUGUUCAUUUACGCAAUAAGCUUCCGGUUAAAUUUCCUGAAAACGUUCAAGAGGUGAUAGGAACAUUAACAACUUGUUUUCAAGAUGGGAGUAUUGAGAUAAACCAUGAAAAGUUGUUACAAAAUGUGAAUGCAAUUAUUCUGUGCACUGGUUAUAAUUAUUCGUUUUCGUUUCUGGAACCAGAAUGCGAUAUUAAUGUAACCAAUAGUCGUGUGACAUCACUGUAUAAACAUACAUUUUCUACUAAAUUCCCAAGUUUGUCAUUCAUCGGACUUUGCAUAAGGAUUUUGCCGUUUCUAACCUUCGCAGCACAAGCGCAGUGCAUUGCAGCUGUUUUAAGCGGAAGGAUAAUGUUACCGAACAAAGAGGAAAUGGUGCAGGAUGAAGCGUUUGAUUAUCAAGAGAGGUUAAAGCAGGGAUUGUCAAAAAACAUGAUGCAUUUGUUGGGUGUGGAACGACAUAUGCAAUAUUGUACAACAAUGGCAGAAAUGGCAGGAGUACCCUGCACUUUAUCACUACCUAUUCAAUCAUUAUUUUCCUAUGUCAGCAAAAUCAGGUUGCCAAAGCUGGCUAGUUAUAGAAAAUGCAAUUUUACUAUCAGUGGCGAUGAGUGGCAUGAAGUCAAAAAUUAUACUUCUUAA